ACCCCCACGAGUGAAACCGCGCGCGUGCCAAGCUGCCGAGAGGAGAGAGGGCCCGCUCUCUCAGAACAGUGCUAUGCUUUCAAAGCUCCCGCUCUCGGCACACCGGGACGGAUCAUCCUAAUCGGCCGGGCAAAGAUAUCGUUCCGAUGCGCGGCCGUGUCCUGACGGACUGAGCUCGAUCUUACGAACGUGGUGGACCUUGUCGAGGAUCUACCGAGGAACCGUACCGUUUUCGGACUUACCUGUUGAUGACGGUUCAGCCAGGGGCUGCGCCGAUGGUGCGACGGUCGACGGUGUGAUACUGUGUGCUGGAUUGUGACGCGGUGUGCUUUUCGUGGAGAACUGCGCUCUGUGGAGAACGGCCGUCGGUGCUGAUGGUUCAUGGGAGCUGCCAACAGAUUGCGGAGAUUACAGAUCGUGACGCGUCUCCAAGGGGCAGAACUCGGAGAAACGUCAAAGCCGAUCACCUGCAGUUUUGAUGAAACUAUACAGAUCGCCGACUCAUCUCCCGCACUGUCGUCGCAAAAGUGGUUGACUCUCAUGGCAGCACGGAGUCUCGCAGCCUUCCUCACCGCAAUUCUACAGCUUUGUUUAUGCCAAAUAGCUCCGGAUGUACUGCCAGAGUUUUUAGCCCCUUUAGAGAAUCACACGGUGACCCAGGGACGCGACGUUUUUUUCACGUGCAUCGUCAAUCAUCUGCAACCGUACAAGGUGGCCUGGAUAAAGUCCGAUUCAAGAGCGAUCCUGGCAAUUCACAAGCAGCGGGUGGCGCACAACCCGCGUCUUUCAGUUACGCAUAAUGGGCACAACACGUGGAAGCUGCACGUGAUGAACGUUCAAAAGAAUGACUCGGGUGCCUAUAUGUGCCAGGUGAACACGGAUCCCAUGAGGAGCCAGAAAGGGUACAUGGAGGUGCUGAUACCUCCGGAUAUAGUCGAUGACGAGUCUGCCAAAGGUAUGAUAACGUACGAAGGUGGCAAUAUAAAGUUGAAAUGCGUUGCUACCGGCUCACCGCAACCGACAGUCACGUGGAAACGAGAGGAUGGGCAGAAGAUCGUUCUUAAAGAAGAUGGACAGAAAAGAGAGGUGUCAAUGUACGAGGGUGAAGUUCUGGAACUGACCGGCGUUCUGAGACAGGAGAUGGGCACGUAUCUUUGCAUAGCCAGCAACAAUGUGCGUCCGACGGUCAGCAAACGUUAUUCCGUCGUCGUCCACUUUCCGCCGGUUAUUAAAGUGGUGAACGAGUUACUAUUAGCGCCGAUCGGCAGCAACGUCGUUCUACGGUGUCGCGUAGAAGCCUCACCGCUAGCCAUGAACACAUGGUACAGAAAUCCAGAUGAAAAGCUGCUGUCCAGUGACAAAUACGUGAUGUCAGACUCCGCGGAGAACGAUUACUCCCGGCAGAUGAAUCUCACUGUCAAUUCCCUGGAAAAAAAGGACUUCGGCGAGUACGUUUGCUCGUCCGAGAACGCUCUCGGGAAGGCCGAACGCACCGUACGGUUACAAGAACUGUUCCUUGCCGUGGAAACGACUCCCAGCCCCAUAGCGAAGAACACGGACCUGAAACCCCGUAAGAAGCCGAUGCAAAAGGGAAGGAAGAAGAACAACGGAGGCAGGAGACCACACGGAAACAACUUUGACGACUUCGACUCGGCUGGAAAUGAAGACGACCUGAGCUCCACGCAAGUCAUGGGGGGUAGCACUGUCCACGAAGGCCAUAGGACGGAGAGGCCCCCCAUUCUACCGUCGUCUUCGCCCCCAUGGGUCAACAUAAACGCUGCUAAGCCCAAACGACUCUCGGCGUCGGUCACGAUACUAUUUUCGUUCCUUUUCUCGAUCAUGGUUUUUCUGCUGUAAAAAGUACGUAGCGCCGGAAGUGGCCGCCGGAAGGAGAAACAGAAAUGGGAAAUGAGAAUCAGGCAGGGAAACGUAUAGAGGAUUUGUUGACGAAGAAAUUUUGCUAUUUGCACAUGGUGGUUUACACUAGAAAUAUUGUAGCUUUUUUUAUAUCAAGAUUGUUACAGAAUUUGGUAAAGAAAGAUUUGUCCUUUGUUACAAGUUUUAUAUUUUUAAAAGAUUUGCGGAAUUAAUUUUUCAAAUUAAAUUACUGAUCGUACUUGUUUUUUUUAGAAUAAGUUUCAACCAUAAUUCACUCAUGGGAUUAGUGUUAUCAACUGCGAGUUAACGAGAUAUUACUUUUUAUUGAAACGAAAAUGGUUUGGCAAUGGACUAAUGGAACUGGAAUGACAAAAAUUGAAUUCGAGAAAGAAAAGUUGAGCCGAAGGAUAGAAUGACGAUUGGAGGAGGAUAUCUCACGCCGAGAAGAAAUAUAGGUCUUCCUUUUAUUCGAUUUAGAGCGAGCUAUAGUCAGUGUGUGCGACCAAAUACAAGGGACUUCCUCGGGAAAAGAAUUUUGUAAAUAGGUAGCAUGAUCGAUACGAUAAGAAACCAACGAAUGAUCGCACGGACUGCAGCUAGAUGCGCCAACGAGAGGUCUUCAUAUCUAUAAGUCUUCAUAUCGUGACUACUUAACAAAUUAAUCUAAUUACAAUACCUAUUUUGCGCUCUUAUAAUCGACUAAACUUUGGACAUUUUUCACGCCGCGACCGUAACGGCUAUCGGAGCGAUUUUUACAGAGAAAAAUUCUCGAAACAAUACCGAAUGCAACGAUAUUUUUUAUAACAUUAUAAACAUUUAGACGCGUCUAAAUAAAAGAAAUAUCGUUGCACACUUCGCAGAAUUUUUCGGUGGUGAAAUUGUAUAAAUAACAUUUAUGGUUGGAGCGUUAAAAAUGUACACACAGAUGGAAAUUUGAGUAUUGCGACGUUAUGGUAGGUUCAUAAUUUUUGUUAUUAUUUAAGUGGUUAUCAACUAUCGAUAAGUGUGUACGCCCUUCGCAAAAUAGUUUAAGGACUAACAUAAAAGAAGUCUUCCGAAAAUUCAGAUGUAUAAAUAAUAUCUGCACUCGCGCAACGUCAAACUCGCAUGAUUCAUAAUUGUUUAUUUCUGUUUUGCAUAUAAGAUAUAAUAAUAAUAUUUAACAUUUCUUUCCUUUCGGAGAACUUGCAAAUCACAAAGAGUUGACCAAAAUCAAAACCACAAAAUUUGUCAACGGAGUCAGCGAGUCGGAACUACGGUACGAACAUUUUUGAACUCGUGUUAACAUUUAAAAAGUCUGUAGUAUAAUUAAAAAAAAGGAAAGGUCUCCCUUCAUUUAAUUCGAACAAUUCUUUGAAUUAUCAUUGUAGACGUAUUUGGAAUUCAUUCGGAUUCAGUAGCUGCCCUUUUCAAACAAUUAUCAUAUAAAAUAAUUGCUAAAUAAUCUAUAAAUAAGUUACGUUAAUAAUCUAAAAUUACGAAUGAACAUAAAAUAUGCUUGAUGCUACAUGUAUAUGAAGACUUCGAUGAACAUUGGAGUUGCCAAAGUCCAAGCACACUUCCGUUGUUCGAGAAAAGACGUAAACGAAAUAACAUAACCACAGAAAUGUUCAGGGGAAUUUUCUGCAUCCAUUGUACGCAAGCAUAACUAUUUAUUGUUGCCAGUAUAGAGAAAAUUGAAUGUUUGUUGCAACUAUAGAUGAUUCUUGCGAAUUCGAUUUUAAAAAAUAUUCUGAGAUUACAGAAAUGUUCAGCCGAGGGUAACGCAUCGAAUGAUAGUAACAUCUUCUAUAAAUUAGUUCGAAAUUUCUGACGCAGAGGGCGCGAAAAUUACCGACUGCUCUCCUCCGUCGGUCACGUUGCCCAACAGUUUGGGCGUUUUGCCACUGCACGAAUUGGCGCUGUACGGACCUCGAAAAAAGCUUCGGAAUGUUGCCGCAAGAGGCUCUGCUGUCGCGCGAAUGAUUCUUGCCGGAAUUUACAUUGCUUCUUAUGGAAAAAGCGGCACGAAUCAUCCACGCCUAUAUUUAAUAUCGAAACAUAAAACAGAGAAUCGUUUAUAACUAACUAAUAACAACUCGAGUAUGCGAAAAAUGAUUAAAGACAGUUUGGCAGAGA